CCGCCGCGGGGCUGCGAGACCUGCGAGGAGUUGCGCCUCGGCCUCCUCCAGCUGCUGAGCCUCCUGCUGCGGCGCUGCGGGGCCUCCAUGGCGCCCUACCUCUCCGACGUUACCCGCAUCCUCCAGGCCACCCUCCUCGACGACUAUGCCGAGGUCAGGCGCGAAAGCUGCAGGUGCGCCGUGGCCUGCGCCCAGGCCAUGCCAGAGCACUUCCACAUGCAGUCAGAAUCUUUGAUAAGCCCCUUGAUGCAAACGAUCUCGCACCAGCACUACAGAGUUCGUGUUGAUGUAAUUCAGGCUACGGGAACAGUGAUACAGUUUGGAAAUGGAAAGUCGGUGGAUGAUGUUCUGUCUCAUCUGGCCCAGCGAUUCUUUGAUGAGAUUCCUAAGGUUCGGCAAGCUGUGACAACUGUCAUUGGAGAAUGGCUGUUGCACCUACGAGACAGAUAUUCCUAUUUUCACAAGUUGGUACCUUUGUUACUCAGUGGCUUUACUGAUGAAAUUCCUGAAAACAUGGAACUGGCUUGGAGUUACUGGGAAAAGAUAGGCUUGCAAUGGGAGAAAGAGAAUGAAGAAGAUCUGAAGGAUAAGAUUGAUUUCAGUGUUGCACCAUCUCAUUAUCCCAAAGGAGUGACUCGACCAGGAGUAGGAUGUCGGGAACUUGUUUCAAGAAACCUCUCCAAAAUUCUUCCAGGUCUCUGUCAUGAUAUAACAGACUGGGUUGAAAGCACAAGAAUAAAAGCAUCUCAGCUUCUGUAUAUAUUACUGUUACAUACAGAGGAUCACAUAACGCAACACAUGGAGCUACUGCUUAGAACUUUGUACCGAGCAUGCAUGGAUGAAAAAAGUGAUGUGGUUAGGAAUUGUGUGAAAGCAGCAGAAUUGAUUGGAACGUUUGUCAGCCCUAAGGUAUCUUUGAGGUUAAUCACAUCAGCUUUUGAGAAAACACCUAUGCCAUCUUAUAUAAUGAUUCUAACUGCAGUGAUUCGUGGUAGCCCGAAAGAAGUCUUAAAGCCCCAUUUGACUGAUCUUGGCAACACACUGUCAAAAGCUGAGGUCUGUCAAAGAUCUGAAGAGGUAUUUUACAUGGAACAGUUGCUUUGUUGUGUACAAGCGUUGAUUGAAGUAUGCCAGGAAGACUGCAAAGAAAUUAGCUUACAGCUAACAAAAGUUUUGGUGACGGUAAUGGCAAUACCACAUUCUCAGCACCUGAAAGAAAAGGUAGAGGAAACAAUGUGUUCAUUAGCUAAAGUGCAGCAGUUGGAUGAUUUUCUUUAUCUCUACAAACAGCAUAUAAUUCAGCUUAUGGAAUGGGUUUCAGUAUCCCAUAAUUGUUGGACCUGCUAUUCUCCAGAAUUAUUACAGUUAGAUAUCAUCGCAACGCAUUCAGGUCCUGUCAUAGGUGAAGCUCUCCAUGACUUUAUUCUCAUUCUUAAGACAUGUCUUCAGCCAAACAAAGACCCCCAGAUGCGCUUAAAACUUUUCACUCUUUUAUCGCAGUUGCUCCAGAAAGCGAAUGAGACCGUAAAUUCUCAGGGGCAGUUUCUUAGCUACCUUGAGACUGUGAUAAAAGACAUACUGGCUCCUAAUCUGCAGUGGCAUGCUGGAAGAACAGCAGCUGCCAUCCGCACUACAGCUGUAUCGUGCCUUUGGGCUCUUAUUCAUUGUGAAAUGCUUUCACCAAAAGAGAUCUUAGAAGUGGAAGGUAUGCUGAUGCCUCAGAUUAUUGCCUCCUUGGAUGAAGACUCUAAAAUGACUCGACUUAUGGCUUGUCGUAUUGUUGAUGUUUUUUUAAAAGUCUGUGGGAGGCAAUUUGAUUCAGAUAAGCUCAUUAACACUUACCCAGAAGUCUUGAAGCGACUAGAUGAUGCUUCACCUGAUGUACGAUUAGCAGCUGCUCACACCUUAACUAAUUGGUUCAAAUGCUUAAAGGACAAUGAUGUGAAAUCUGUAAUGCAAAAUAAUAUUCGGUUUCUGUACCAAGAACUGUUGAUACAUCUGGAUGACCAAGAUCAAAAUAUCCAAAAUGCAGUCCUAGAAGUUUUAAAAGAAGGAAGCAUUUUAUAUCCAGAAUUACUCGUGAGAGAAAUUGAAGUGGUUGUACAUAAGCAUCGAACACCAGUCUAUUGCAAUCAACUACUAAACCAUAUUCAAUCACCCAAAGAAUCAGUUUUAUGAAUCAAUGCUGAAACUCUUGUUAGUGAGCUGCAUGUGGCAUUUAUAUGAUCUUGAUUGCUUUCAUAUUUCUUUUCUGCAAAGUAGGCCGAGCUACUAAAUAGAACUUUUUCUUUGUAAGUUUUGUAUUAGCUCAUUUAAAAGACAAAUGGGUACAGUUCUACGUUUUUUUGCCUUUUCAACGAUUCUUUGCGUUUGCUAGUAAUAAAACAAUGUUUUAA